UUCAUUAUCGGCCGCAUUAUGUAUAUCCGGCGGGAGGCGGUGAAGCAGAAAAAGCUUGAUUUUUUUUUUUUUCUCCCCCCUCCCUGUCUUUAAACCUACAACCAUAAAAAAUAUUUGACGAGGGGUGAUGGAUGUUGUCGGGCAAGGGUGGGAAGUGAUGCGCCCUGCCGGAAGCGGAGCAGACCUGGCUGCUGGGUGGAAGAUGCGCUCGGUGGGAAACUCCUGCUCCUGGUUUUGUGUGCUGUAGUAGCCUCGCUGGCCCCGCCGUGGCAGGCUGAGCUGCUCUCCUCCGCCUUCCUCGCCCCCCCAGCCCCGCCCCGAGGAAUAUGGGUGCCACAAAAUACACUGAUAAAGAUAAUGGAGGGAUGCUUGUAUGGUCUCCAUAUCAUAAUAUUCCUGAUGCCAAGUUGGAUGAAUACAUAGCAAUAGCAAAGGAAAAACAUGGAUACAAUGUGGAACAGGCUCUCGGCAUGUUGUUCUGGCAUAAACACAAUAUUGAGAAGUCCCUUGCGGAUCUCCCUAACUUCACUCCUUUCCCUGAUGAAUGGACAGUUGAAGAUAAAGUCCUAUUUGAACAAGCAUUUAGCUUCCAUGGAAAGAGCUUUCACAGGAUCCAGCAAAUGCUUCCAGACAAGACCAUUGCAAGCCUUGUAAAAUAUUACUAUUCUUGGAAAAAAACUCGCUCUAGAACAAGUUUGAUGGAUCGUCAGGCUCGUAAACUAGCUAAUAGAAAUAAUCAAGGUGACAGUGAUGAUGACGUAGAAGAAUCUCAUCCAAUGGAUGGAAAUGAUAGUGAUUAUGAUCCCAAAAAAGAAGCCAAAAAGGAGGUAACAGAUAACUUAAUGGGCAAUAAUGAGCAGCCUGUUCAGACCAGCAAAAUAGGUCUGGGUAGAAGAGAGUAUCAGAGCUUGCAGCAUCGCCACCAUUCCCAGCGUUCCAAAUGCCGGCCACCCAAAGGCAUGUACCUGACCCAGGAAGAUGUGAUAGCUGUUUCCUGUAGCCCCAAUGCAGCCAACACAAUUCUUAGACAGCUGGAUAUGGAACUAAUCUCAUUAAAGCGACAGGUUCAAAAUGCUAAGCAAGUAAACAGUGCACUUAAACAGAAAAUGGAAGGCGGGAUUGAAGAAUUCAAACCUCCUGAGUCUAAUCAGAAAAUCAAUGCCCGUUGGACCACAGAAGAGCAGCUUCUUGCAGUACAAGGUGUCCGAAAAUAUGGUAAAGAUUUUCAAGCUAUUGCAGAUGUAAUUGGCAACAAGACUGUUGGCCAAGUGAAGAACUUCUUUGUAAACUACAGGCGUCGGUUUAACUUAGAGGAGGUAUUGCAGGAAUGGGAAGCGGAACAAGGAACCCUGGCUUCUAAUGGUGAUGCUUCUGCUUUAGGGGAGGACACAAAAAAUACUUCUAAUGUGCCAUCAGGAAAGAGCACUGAUGAAGAAGAUGAGGCACAAAGCACUCCGGCCACUCAGUGUUUAGGCCCUUCACCUCCAGCACACGCAUCUGCUCCGGCACCUGCCGCUCCCAUGGCAACUCUAAACCAGCCGCCCCCGUUACUCCGGCCGGCGCUUCCCGCCGCUCCUGCUCUGCACCGCCAGCCGCCGCCGCUCCAGCAGCAGGCGCGCUUCAUCCAGCCGCGGCCCACCCUGAACCAGCCUCCCCCCCCGCUCAUCCGCCCCGCUAAUUCCAUGCCUCCCCGCCUCAACCCCCGGCCCGUGCUGACCGCCGGCAGCGGCCAGCAGCCACCCUCGCUCAUCGGAAUUCAGACAGAAUCUCAGUCCACUCUGCACUGAAGAAAUACGAGCAGAAUUAUGCUAACUCCCACAUUUGAAAAAUUGUAUCAAUGUACUUUUUUUUUCCAAAUAAUGAAGGGGAGAAAAGAGCAAGCCUUCACAGGUAUCAGACCAGUUUUCCAGAGGAGCAAGCUAAGAACUAGAAACGGAACGACGUCAAUGACCACCUGUAUAAAAAUAUUUUUAUGCCGAAGACUUGUACAGCAGAACAAUGCCUACACUGCAGCCCUCCUCUGUAUGAAUAACUGUUGAAGGAAGCUAACUUCUUAAAUGAAUAAAUGUUCAACACACCAA